GGAAUUUGGAGGUUUUAAAGUUGACAGCGAUAGCAAAGAUUCAGACAAAUGGACCAAAAUGGCAGCCGAAUGUUUUACUCCUUAAAGACAAAGCGUGUAUGGAAAGGCUGUCAUGCAUUAUAAAGACAAUUUCAAGAAUUGAAACGAGGAAAGGAAGUCUAUGGCCAGGAGUGAAGAUCCGACUUCUAUGUGAGGCAUUAGCUUUUCAAAGUGAAAGCUCAAGAGAGAGGAUGCAAAUCUGGGAACGUCCUCACAGGGUGGAACACAUGAAGCGGGAAGGGUUUAGAGACUCCGAACCAUACACUGAGACUCUCCAUACAGCAAAUCCUGUCUCCACACACCAGAGUCUUAAGAACUUUCUGGAUCAUUUGCACCAGACAGAAAGAUUUGAAGACUUAAAAUCGGCACUCAACUCCGUUCUAACUGAGCCCAUUUCCAGAAAAGAGAUUUUGGUUGCCAUACUCUCCCUUCCUGAGCGUGAAUGCUUAACUACAGGUGGACUAACAGUGCAGUUCUAUAAGCACUAUGCGAGUAAAAUCACUGACCUUUUACAAGCAUUUUUCAAUCAAAUUCUUGAUUUCAAACCAACUGUUGAAUCACUGGGCCAGAGCAAUUGCGAUCAUACCUACAGCCAUCAUGUUCAGUAUCACUGUAGUCCUGUUAUAGUGAUUGAUACUGAUUAUAAGAUUUUGGCUUCAGUUCUAGCAGAAAGGUUGAAAAGUGUCAUUGAACAUGUUUUAAGUCCAGGUGUAGGUAAACCACAAACGUCUAUUCAGGACAGCAUUAUUGUUCUUCAAAGUGAAACUGCUGAAAAAAUUGUGAUUGUUUCCUUAGGAGUAGAUGCAGGUGCAUUGAAAUUCCCCUUUUUGUUUUACAGUCUGAAGUUUGUAAACCUGCCUGACAGGUUCACAUCAGUGUUGAAGCUUUUGUUGCAAGAGGGAGAUGCAAAUAUGCACAGCGAAUCAUAUUCACUGCAAUCUCCAUUGAAAGGUCUAAAAGUGGGAUGUCCACUGACUCCUUUACUAAUAAGCAUUUGUCUUCUCCCUCUGAUUCACUCUGUUAAUAGUGAGAUAGGGCUUUUGGGACCUAAUGUUCCAAAGUCUGUAAUUGACAAAGACAACGCCAUUAUUUUCCUUCCCAAUACCAGUGAAGCUUUGGAAUGUUUGGAAAAGACGCUGCUAGAUUUUACAGAGACGUCUGGGUUAAUAAUAGAUAGGAGAUACUCAGUUUAGGCACUUAAACCUCAGUUGUUUAAGAUAAUAUACAGUAAAUUAUGGAUUUGGGGACUCGAGAUGUUUUGAGAUAUUAUUUAUCAUAUAAGUAUUAUUCAUCAUGUUAGUAAUCAUUGUGAUAGUUUAGCUAUAGGAGGACUUUAUCAAUCAAACGGCCGUGUGGUAAAGGCAAAGUAUGAGGUUUUUCUAAAACGUUUUGAUUUUACUGGACCUCAAAAUUUAUGAUUUGUUUUGUUGAAAAAAUGUCCUUUUAACAUUAUUUUUAAUAUA